UGGCUGCCGCAAGUGACCAUGUGAACCAUUCAAUGUGCUAGUAACGAUGGGACAAGAUGUUAUUUCUUUUGGGUCUGUAAUCACAUGUGCUUAUUACCAACCAUUAACAGUCAAUAUUUAUUUAGUUUAUAUUUAAAAAUAUUUUAUUUUAUUUACAACAUAAAAUCAAGAUUAAAUCGUUUUAAUAAUUAUGAUGACAUUUUUAAAGUUUUACUUACUAGUUGUACUAACUAGGACCUUUAAACUGUGCUGGACCUUUAAAAGCUAGUUUAAUUCCCUAUCUAUUGAUUAGUAUUUCAUGUUUAUCUCCUGUGUAAGCUGAUUGAAAAUUCAAUCUAAAAAGAAUAAAACGAAAACGUUGUAAUAAAGUAAGGUAUUAAUUUUUAUAUUACAUUUAAUUUAUUAUAAUAUCACUCAAAAAACUUAUUCAAUUACAGCAUUAAGGAGAUUGAGAUAGAAUUAUUGAUUAAUUAAAUAAAAAAAGGAAUGUAAAAAUUUGUUUUUACAUGCUUUUGCCCCAUUUGCUUAAAGCUGCAGCGUGGUAAUUAAAAAAGUGCUUAUACGCUUAGAGCCUAAAUGCUUCAGACCAUUCUCAGUUUGCAUUACAUAGAACAAACAAUCAACCUUUCGAGCGGUCGAAAAAAGCGCCUACCACUGCGCAUGUGCGUACAGCAAGAUAACACACGAGAGGAAAUAUGACCUUUAUGGGAAUGUAUAUAGGGGUUACUAUAAACGUGCUGUUGGUGGGCUGUACGAUCGACUAUUCAGAGAAAUUGGUGGCAGUUUAUCCGUUCUGGCGGCAAGUGAUGCCGCGCGGAUGGGCGGCGCGGGUUGGACGCGUGAGGCUCGCGUAGCUGACGACACAGACUUUGAAACCUUGAAACAUCUCCUCGGUUCUGAUGAUGGAUGGAAUCUGGAGUACGAGAAGGACGGCGUCAAGGUUUGGGCGGAAGAUGCCGCUCACGGAGCCCUCCGUACUGUCAAGGUGGUUGCGGAGUUUGAGGAUGUGGAACCGGACGCCUUGUACGAUGUCCUUCACGACCCUGAAUACCGAUCUGUUUGGGACACACACAUGUUGGCAGCAGAAGACGCGGGCCAUAUUAAUGUCAACAAUGAUGUUGGUUACUAUGCGAUGUCGUGUCCAGCGCCGCUCAAGAACAGAGACUUCGUGCUGCAACGCUCGUGGCUGGACACAGGCAACGAGAAGAUGAUCCUUAACCAUUCUGUAUUUCACAAAGAUUACCCGCCCAGGAAAGGUUUUGUCAGAGCCCUUUCCUUGUUGACGGGUUUCGUUGUGAGAAGACGAGAAAGUCCAGGCAGUUGGCUCGGCUAUGUGUCGCGGUCCGAUCCACGGGGCGCAUUACCUGCCUGGUUGGUAAAUAGAGUAACAGCCCAGCUAGCUCCCCGCUUGGUAAAUCAGUUACACGCCGCCGCACGUCGUUAUCCUGGGUGGAAGGCACUCACGGACACUCCAUAUUACAAACCUUGGAGACAUCCUGAACAGGUCCCACCAUAUAGGAUUAAUUUAGACGAUUGCAUUGACCCUGAUGCUCCGCCACCGCCAUCGGAACCUAAGCCAAAUACUUCAAAGACUAAAUUAGAAGUACCCCAAGUAAAGGAAGCAGAAAGCCACAGCAUUGAAGACUUAGGAGACAUAUCAUCAGAGUUCAGUGUAGAAGUAGAAGAAUUCUCAGAGCUCUCGGUUGAUCCAACAAAGAAAAAAGGCAAAUUCUACAAAUUGGUCAAAUCUAUGAAAAAUAGAAGAAAAAGUGUCCAAGUUGCCAAAAGUGCUGAUAGUCUUGUAGAUGCUAAAAGUUCCGAAGAGAAGCAUGAAAAGAGAAAAUCAUUCAAAUUUCAUCGUCGAUUUAGUCUCAGUAGAGGUCGAGAGGAUUAGUUUAUAUUUCCCUAAUUAGAGAAAUAAAUUAAAAAUGGUUUAUUCAACACUCAGUUUACAAACAAGGUCGACUGAAAGUCGGCCAAUUUUACGUCGUAAUUCGCUAAUUUUAAUAAUAACCUUAAGAAAUUGUUUGGUUAUGACACGUAAAAAUAAAUAAACAAAUUUUAUUUAUUGCCGACCUUGCUAAUUAUUUCUUUCACAACAACAUUAAUAUACACAUGGCAUUUGUACCUAUGUAUCUCAUUAUGGAACAUUCAUGCAUAUCAAUAAUAAUACAAUUUCAAU